AUGCGCUUCCACCAUGCUCCGCGCCCGCUGCUGCAGCUCGUCGCGGCCCUGUUGCUCGCCCCAUGCCCGACACUCGCUGCCCCCAAUCAUCCACCUUCCGAACAAGGCGGUCUGUCCUUCAACCAACUCUUCGCCCGCGAUUGCUCGGGAGGAACGACUUGCGGUUACUAUGGACAACUCUGCUGCGCCGCUGGCAGCGCCUGCUACACCGACGCUCAAUCGAGAGCCCAAUGCACACCCAACGGCGCCACUGCAACGGAAGCGGCCUCAGGCGGUUACUACUCCUACUACACCACAACCAUCGUCCAGACCGACCUGGUGACCACGACGCAGGUCAUGAGCACCUACAUCGGAGGCGCGGCCGUCGCGACGGCAACUGCUUCUUGCAAUACCGCUUCCAAUGAGACACCGUGUGGAAGUAUAUGCUGCGCCAGUGGCCAGUACUGCUACUCUUCAGGGACUUGCAAACCAGCAGCAGGAGGAGGCAGCUCGGGUUACGUUAGCGGAACCAGCGGUAGCGGCGCGACUGCUGUAGCACCCGUCCGUCCCACGACGUCUGGCACCGUUGUCAUCAUGCAGACCAUCACCCCGACCACCACCGUUCCUUUUAUGACUCCGGUCGCUACUGGUUCAAACGUCACCCUCACCUCUUCACAAGCAGACAACGGCGGCGGAUUGUCAGGAGGGGCAAUCGCAGGAAUCGUCAUUGGUGUUCUCGCGGGUUUGCUCCUCCUGGCGCUGCUGUGCUUCUACUGCUGCAUCAAGGGUCUGCUCGAUGGCUGUCUCGCAUGCUUUGGCCUUGGCGGAAGGAGGAGGAGAAGAACCGAGGUCGAAGAGUACGAGCGCCACUCUCACCAUACUUCCAGACAUGGCGGUGGUGGUGGGCGAACAUGGUACGGUGCUUCAAGGCCGGCGACCAGGGUCGAUCGAACGGACAGACGAGAAAGCCGUGGAGGAAGCAAUCUGCUCGGCAUCGGGGCCGGAUUGGCGGCUCUCUGGGCCAUCUUGGGUCUCAAGAGGAAGAGAGAUAAUCGCCGGGAUGAAAAGUUCAACAGCGAGUAUUCUUACUCGAGCGAUUACUACACUAGUGCCAGUGAGUAAAAUCGCACGUCUUCAUUCGCCGAGAAGGACGAAUCACUGACUUGUUGACAAUAGGUAGCGCAAGUUCCGAUGACAGGCGGACCAGACACACCGGCCGGUACUCACGCCGGUAG